UAGACGCCUGUCUAUUGGUACUGACAAAGCUGUGAACACUGGUUUGUGUUGCCAACUUUGUAAUCCAGUUACUAACCGCGAACAUCAUUGCAGAACAUGUUUGCAACGCACUACAAACGUGCCUUUAUUCUAUGAUAAAUUGAAAACUGUGAUAACACAAUGAAAAUUGGCACAUGGCUCAACUUUCACAAAACAUAUUAUCACGCGCCACCUACGAAGACUUAAGUAAUACCUGCAGUUGGUGUGUUCAAUAAAUAGUUUGAUCGUGUGUGGCAUUCAUGUUUCGUUUGUUUACAAACAUGAAAUUCUAUUAAAAAAAGGCUAUGCAGACGUGUUUUUAACCUUGUCAAAAUUAUUUGUAAAUGCGAGUUCUGUGCUGCUGAAUCUAAUGUGCGCUACUACACUUUGUGCUUAAUGAUACACUGUCAGUUCAUUACCAUUACUCCGUUCUUCUUUCUUGUAUAGUUAGGCAGUGGGAUUGUUUUUACUCAUUAAAAUGUUCACCAGUUUAUGUACAUAUUUAGAUGAUACCCUACUUUGGCGUUAACAAUUUUUACUUUACAUUUUAUCACGAAUAUUGGAGUAUUCAAGAAAAUGAGCGAACCCUGCAUUACUUUUGAGUCGCUGUACAUCAAUACGGAUGUAACGUGUGUGAAAUGUUACGGAGAUUACGUACUGACAGGAACUGGACCGUGGUUCAGUAUAUAUAAUGCAGAGACCUCAGAAUGUUUAUUAAAUUGUUCGGUCUUCCAUGGACAGAGGAUUCACGGUAUAGCUCCACAGUCAGAUGAAAGAAUUGCUAUUUUUGGUGGAAGAGAAGUUGUUUUUCUUCACUUAAACCUGAAUUUUAAAGAAAUCCUUAACAAAAUCAGAUGUCAUGUUGAUGAGUGGAUCAUCGAACUUCAUUGGUUGGAAUGUGGAAGAAAAUUUGCCAUUCUUACUGCAGAUAAUGUCAUUUCACUCUGGAAGAUGAAUGAACCAGAGCAACUUGCUAAAGUUUCUUGCAAGUUAAACUGUCUUCUCUAUAGUGCUGUCAUGCUUAAAGAAUCAUGGUCAAACCUGAUUGUGUUAGCAGGCACAGCUUUUGGGAAAAUUAUUGUAUGGAAACCUGCUCUUAAUCUUUCAGAAAAACAGGAACACAUCCUGCAUACACUUACUGGGCAUGAUGGUGUUGUAUCAUCUGUAUCAUAUGAUGCAGAGACUAGUGUCAUCUGUACCACUUCAGAUGACCGCUCAGUAAAAAUAUGGAAAGUGAACCUGAAUCAUGAGGAAUAUUGGGAAACUGCAUCAAUUCAGUUAGUCUGUUCAUUGUAUGGACACACAGCAAGAGUAUGGAAGGCUGUCACAGUGAACAGAACUGUAGUUAGUGUUGGUGAGGAUUCAUCUGUAAUGGUGUGGGGAUUUGAAGGAAAAUUGCUGAAACAGUGGAAGUAUCAUCAGAGCAGUACCAUAUGGGCUAUGGACUACAGCACUGAGAAAAAAAUUGUUGUUGUCGGUGGAAGUGAUGGGGGAGUUAUUGCAUGGCCAUUUAAUAUGUGGAGAGAAGAGAGUUUGAAUCAUGCACCAUUGUCUUUCCAUGGGUGCUUAAACAAUUCAGUUAAUCAUGUAAAUCAUAUAGAUGGCAUCAUACUUCGCCGUAUUGUUAUUUUAAAGGAUAACCAUGUAGUGGCAUUAACUAAAAAUGCCGCUCUUUGGCAUUAUGAUGACUGCCAUGGUGCCGAAUGUAAAUUUACAUUUGACUGCAAAAGAUUUUCAAAUAUAUGCCUUCUGGACAUCUCACCAUCAAGAGCUUUGCUUGCUAUUGCAUCAUGUGAUGGUGAAAUUCUUGUUAUGAGUGAUGAAAACUGCUGCAGAGGGGAAACCUUAACAAAACUGGUCGAAGUGCACUCAUUGGAAGGAGCCAUAUCAUCAUUGCACUGGGCUUCAGAUGACUGUUUAUUAGUAUGUUCCUCUUCUGGUCCUAUGGAGCUAUGGAAACUCAAAGCAGUUGGUGAUGAAUGUCACUCUCUUACCUGUCUUCAGAAGUUCAGCUUACCAACUAAGAAAAGGUCAUCUGUUAUGACAGCUGUGAUUCAUGACAGUCAUCUGUUAUUUGGUGACAGGACAGGAAACAUACAUGUUUAUGGUUUAAUAACCACUGAUGAUAACAAUGGGACAGUAAUGUUCGAUAAACUGCAUACAAAGCACCAACACAGAAAAGAAAGUGUCACAUUUAUAAUGAGCCUGAAAUCUGAAAUAAUUUCAGUUGGACGUGAUGGUAUGCUCUGCUGGUUUACUGUAGCAAAUAAAACAUUACAUGAGGUUUCUGUCUGCAGGCUACCUAUGGAAUGGCCUGCAAGAAUUCUUAUUGCAAAUGGUGGAAUCCUUAUUGCAGGUUUUGUUGAUGUGAAGUUUAUUGUUUGGAGCCUUGAAGAAAAACGAAUACUCCUAGAAGUUCAAUGUGGAGGUGGUCAUAGAGCAUGGGACUGUGCAGUUAAUGAAGAUAUUUUCACUUUUCUAUAUCUGAAAGAUAAUGUUGUACACAGAUGCAUAUGUAACUUAGUUGAUUUAACACGACCACACUUGCAGAAAGGUUUUCAUCUCAAGGACAUUAAUUGCCAGAAGCUUAUUUGUGAAAAUACAGUCAAAAUUCCAUACCGCCUUGUGGCAUGCGGUAGUGAAAACAAUACAGUUUAUCUUAUUUUUCUUCAAGCUGGCAUGGCACCUACAGUAGCAGCAGUUCUUGACACACACAUAUCCAGUGUGAGAACUCUGGAUGUAUGUUGCCUAAGAAAGUCUGAAGAGUCUGAUUUGUUCCUGCUGGUUACGGCUGGUGGAAGAGCUCAGCUGAAAGUGUGGAAAAUUUGUGUUUCGCAUUCAGGAGAUGAUGCUGUAUUGCCACAAGUGUAUUGCUCUGAAGUUUGCUCAGAUAUUUUGAAUAAAUGUGGAGGUAAGAAGAAAGCACCUUGGAAGGCACUGCAGCCUGUGGCAGAGGCAGAUAUGCGGUAUAUGGACAUCUGCAUCUUGCAAACCGAACACACCCCAAGAGACACUUGUGAAUACACUGUUCCAUUUGCUUUUAUUUUGGCAGGGUGUUCAGAUGGGAACUGGAGGUUGCUAAAUUACAAUACACAGUGUGACCAUCUGAAUCAUCUGAAAGCAUUUCCCAGCCAAAUGUGUGUGUUGAAAGUUGGCUAUCUUUUCACCAGGAACCAUUAUUUUGUUUUUACAAUGGACACCAAUGGAUGUUUAAAAUUAUGGGAUUUAACUGAUGAUAUCCAUGACACAGUAAGAAGUAAAUUUCAGAUGUCUAACAAUCAUAAAAAUUCCUUUGUUCAGACAGAGAAACAGAGAAAACCAUUGUUUUCAAUGAAAGUGCACCAAACAGGCAUUAAUAGUAGUGAUACAUUUAGUGUAUCAUGUGAGAGGUUUGUUAUUGGUACAGGUGGUGAUGAUAAUGCACUAUCACUAACCAUGCUUGAUUUGAAGGUUGGGAAUGCUGGAGAUAUGGAUGUAGUUUGUUUUUCUCAUUGGAAAGAUACAACUGCACAUCUUGCACAGAUUACAGGCAUAAAAAUGUUUAAUGGAUUCAUUAUUACUGGUUCUGUGGAUCAAUGCAUUGCAUUGUGGAGCUGGACUUACCUAUCAUGCAAAUUGAAUGCUACGAAACUUCAAAGCUUUUGUAGUACCAUUACCGACAUUAAAGGAUUUCUUGCAUGGAGAACAGAACCGGCAGCACAAGACACUCUUUCCAUGCCUCAGAGAAUGGCAAGGAUAGUACAAGGCGUGUUUUUUAAGAAUGGAUUUACCAUUUCUCUUUAUGGUCAAGGCAUGGAAUUGAUCAAAGCCAUUGUGAAUGAUGAUCCAGACAAGGAGGCAGCUCAAAAAGUUUGAAAUCUGAAAGCAGAUUAGGUAUUGAGAUGUACUCGGUGUUUCCUACUGAGCAAGGUGAUGCAGUGAUUAGCUCUCUGGACUUGGAUUUGGGAGGAUGACAGUUCAACUCACCAUCCAGUCAUCCAGAUCUGGGUUAUCUGUGAUUUCCUUCCCCAACAAUCUGAGCUUCUACUCUGUCUGUAAUGACAUUGAUGUUGAUGGGAUGUUAAACCCUAAUCUUCCUUCCUGGUUCCUUUUUUCAAUGUUUCUUCAAGUCACUCAUUUAUUUAGAAUCAGGAUUUAAUUUAAAUUUUCCAAUGUAAAUACAUAUCAUUUGGUAACUAAUGUUCUAUUAAAGAUACUUUGUUUUAUGGCUGUUGUUACUGUAUUUCAUUGUAGCAAAAGGAAUGUAGCAUGGACACCACAUGAGAUGUAGCCAGCUCUAAGAGUGUCACAUAAUACUUCCCAAUCAGCCUGUAAACUUCAGAUUAGUUUCAGUGUAUGAAAAAUGUAAAAGAAACAAAGGAAAACAUCUACUUACCAGGCUGCUGCAGCUCAACCAUCUCAGAUAGAAAGCUCAAUAACUUUUAAAACUAGGAAUGUGAAGAAAAACGGUUUUUCAAAUAACUGUACAGGAAUGGAUCCAGAACACUGGGGCUGUGGUCUGCCUACAUACCAGAAAAUAACUCGGGCGACUGAAGUGAAAUAGAGAACCAUUUUGCAGUAAAUGCCUCUCUCAACUAUUAUGUUGCUUGAUUAAUUCACACACACACACACACACACACACACACACACACACACACGGCUGCAUUUUCCCAGCUGACAACACUAAACCAUCACAUUAGUUCAACUGAUGGAGACUCCACUGGGUCCAGGAAGUUUGUUGCAGUUUAGCAAUUUCAGCUGUUUCUCAAUGUACACUAUCUUCUCCGUGGCAUGAGAAUGGCAGUGGAGCAGCAGUCCUGGAUUUUCCUUUGUAAACGAACAUUUGAAAGUCAAAUUAAACAUUUUUGCUUUUGUCUUGCUACCUCAGUUUCAGUUCCAAUGUCAUUCAUGAGUGUCUGGCACUAACUCGGGUGCUACUGAAAGCCAUUAUAUUUAUGACCAGAAUUUCUUUGCCUCUUGUGAAGUGUCUUUCCAUUCAGCAAAUCUCUAUCUACAGCCCUAUGCAUUGUUUUGCACUUAUUGUGCAAUGUUCAGUGUUUCUUACUUACAGAGACUGUAUACCAAAUAGGGACCCCCUUUGUGAACUGACCUACUAUGAUUAUAUAUCUGUCCAGUCAUUAGUCAAUUAGUCCUCUAAACUUGAAUCACAUUUUCAUUUUUUGUAGUCCUGUCUUCCUCAGUUGCGUGUAAUAUUACGGUAUAUUGAUAAUUUUUACUUAUGGACCAUAAGUGACAAAAAUGUAAAUUUAAAUAACUAAUAUAUGUACAUAUUUCAGGCCACUGAUAAUGCCUUGCAGAAAAUAAAGGCGAAAUGUGUAUGGCACUAAAAUUGUGUUUUAUUCAGUUGCUGUCAGAUGGUCCAUAAGUAAAAAUUAUCAACAUACCGUGAUAUUCAAUCACAUUUCUUAUUCAUGCUCCUGCCCAGAGCUUAAUGCUUCACAUUUCUACUUGAGAUAUGACACUACUGCCUCUUUAUCUAAUUUACUGGAUAAGUAAAUCUUUCUACUGGCCUUAGUUGCCCUUUAUACUUUGCAAAUCAUUGUUGCUACAACUGCCUUGUGUUCGCUGAUACCUGUUCCAAUGUGGACCUCCUCAGAGAGGUCAGGUUAAUUUGUAGCCAUAAGAUUUUUGCAUUUUAUGCAACCCUCAGUGCCUUCAAAAACCAUGUGCAGGAUUUUCAUAUUCUCUCACUUGCUGCAUGCAAACUAUUAGUCCUACAGACAAAAUGAACACGACCUUUCUGUAGGAAAUUAAAUGUAGUUAAAUUUUGUAUCGGGGGAUACAUUUUUGCUGUAGGGCACAAUUUUUGUGUUAUUCAAGAAAAAUGCAUUUGGAGGUCACUUUCAUAUGUUUCUCUUUAAUUAUUCAAAAACCACAUGCUCUGGCAAAAACAUAUCCCUUUGUAAAAUUAAAAUACAUUAAAUUUCCUACAAAAAGAUCCUGAGUCUCGUGGUCAACAGAAGGACCCAGUAAUAAAUUUAUGUACAUCCUUGAUACUGAGUCUUGGCUAAAAAAAACUCACAUUCAGCUUCACUUUCUCUUUCAGUGGAUUUGAGUUUUGUGUCUGUUGCGAUGAAUCCACCACUUCUAUUUCCUGCUAGGCUAUCCUUGUAAUCAUCUAGUAAAAUUUCUGCCAAAGAGGCUGUGGGACAGCAUGAGUAAAAAGUGAUAAGUUCUUUGAUUUAUUAUGUAUAAUGUGACUAAAAUUAUGUAAAUAAGUUACAGAUACAUGUAAAAUCAGAUAUAUGUAAAAUCAUAUAUAUUAAGUCUUGUAUUAUGUGUGUACUAUGCCUAUAUCUGUGCAAAUAAAGGCAUAUUUUUGAGAAUGUUUGGAAGUUUGUAAAUGUUGUGUAUAAUGUAUUUCAAAGUAAACUGAUUGU